AUGUCUUGCAAGGGCCGCUUCCCGUUCCCCUCCCGCCCUCUCCGCUCCCGCAUCCCGGUCCGCUCGCCGACGUUCACGUCGUCCCGGUCGCAGGCCCGCCUGCCUGCUCUGCCCGCGGGUUUCGUCUCCCGCAUCCCCGUUCGUUCCACCACCCGGCCACAGGCCCCCCUGCCUGCUCCAGCCGCCAGAUUCGUCUCGCGGCUGCCCGUUCGUUCCGCGACGUUUUCCGCCGAGUCAACGUCGUCCCGGCCCCAGGCCCGCCUGCCUGUGCCCCCCGGCUUCGUCUCUCGUUUGCCCGUGCCCGUCCGGAGGGCAUCCCCACCGACCCCAGUCGCUCCUUCGACCACCGUCACUCCGACCCCAGUCACUCGUUCGACGCUGUCGCCGCGCCUCGAGGCUCGACGUGCGGCUCGUGAAAACCGACCUCGACCUUGGUUGCCGAGAGGUCCGUCGGUGUCAAUCGCUACGACCGCCCGACCAGCGCCCUCCGCCCUGACGGCUCAUCCCGAAGACAACGCCGCCGGCCCAUCCUCGGACGGGCCUGCCCUCUCGUCAGAGGGGACAGACUCGGCCGAGGCUGGUCCGUCGAAACGGGUCUCCUGGAACGAGACCCUCAUCGUCGUUACGGUCGACCGAUGGAUCGUUCCGUCUCGACACAUCUGGCCCGACCCAGGGGGGGUAGCCAGAUGCUCGCGGAGAGCCGACAAGUUUGCCUCGAUACGACGA